CCUCGGCUCAACAAGGGGAGGGAUGCGCGGCUGUUGCUGAAGCUCCUGCUCGCGCUGCUGGCAUUUUACCUACGUCGCAUUCACACCGCGGUCACCGGGCAGCUUCUUUGACGUCUUCUGGGAUGUUGCUACUACACAGAGUCGUCCGGUUAAGAAGGUGUUUAACGUAACGUUCGUUAUACUAGUGUUAGCUAACUGCAGCUAGUCACAAAGACGUUCACUCAGCUACUAGCCCGUGUUAGCUAACGGUAACUAGCCUGCUAACAACACAGCCGGUGAGGACGAGCACAUCCUUGCGCAGCCAUACUCGGGUUAAUCUCUGCCGCCUCGCUCCGUGUGUUAUGUUGGCUGCUUUGAGGUAAUGUUUUACCUGUAACCUAAGUCGAGUGGGUGUAUUAUCAGUCACCACUCAUGACUGGGACACUUGAAGCAACGUUUCUGCAUCGCUGGGUCGUUGGCUGCAUGUUUUUCAGCUAGCCGCGGCGGAGCUUCGGUCUCAUUCAGGGAUGUGGCGGUAGCACAACAAGCUAACUCCCGUCUCUGUGAAGAAGUGAGUGCAAGAAGUGAGGAAACACUUAAGCCAAGUGGGAGUUCUCGUUUUUUGGUGUAUGCUAGUUGUAAGUGAGGAGCGGAUGACACGAGGACGAACGUGACAAUCCGUGAAAGCCAUCUGAACUGAAACUGGGAAUAUCGCUAACAGAUCGAAGGGAUUAUUUUUGUGUCUCUAAGUGGAUUUCGGCCUCCUGCUCAAGAUCGUCGUGGGGACACAGUGAGUGUUUUGACAUUGAGUGAGCCCACUCCCACAAAACAUCCUCUCUCCCGCCGACCUUCACCCUCCGAUGCGGAGAUUUCAGUAGCACCGGCAACCCAAUCCCCCACGGCGGCCGGACAUGCUGAAGUGUAUCCCCCUGUGGCGCUGCAACCGCCACGUCGAGUCGGUGGACAAGCGACAUUGCAACUUGCAGACAGUCCCCGAUGAGGUGUUCCGCUACAGUCGCAGCCUGGAGGAGCUGCUCCUCGAUGCCAACCAACUCAAAGAGCUACCAAAGCCUUUUUUCAGACUACUGAACUUACGGAAGCUCGGCCUGAGUGACAAUGAGAUCCAGAGACUUCCUCCUGAGGUGGCCAACUUCAUGCAGCUGGUGGAGCUGGACAUCUCCAGAAAUGACAUUCCUGAGAUCCCCGAGAGCAUUAAGUUUUGCAGGGCCUUGGAGAUCGCAGACUUCAGUGGAAACCCCCUGUCCAGAUUGCCGGAUGGUUUCACUCAACUCCGAGCACUGGCUCACUUGGCGCUCAACGACGUGUCAUUGCAGACGUUGCCCAACGACAUUGGAAACCUGGCCAACCUGGUGACACUGGAGCUCAGGGAGAACCUGCUGAAGUCUCUACCUACGUCGCUCUCUUUCCUGGUGAAACUGGAACAGCUGGACCUGGGCAGCAAUGAACUGGAAGUUUUGCCGGACACCCUCGGUGCUCUCCCCAAUCUAAGGGAGCUAUGGCUGGACCGUAACCAGUUGUCCUCAUUACCACCAGAGCUUGGGAACCUCCGGAGACUGGUGUGUCUGGAUGUGUCAGAGAAUCGUCUGGAGGAGCUCCCCUCAGAGCUCAACGGCCUCCUGGCUCUCACUGACCUGCUGCUCACACAGAACCUGCUGGAGGUCGUGCCAGACAGCAUAGGUUGCCUGAAACAGCUGUCCAUCCUAAAGGUGGACCAGAACAGACUGACCCACCUGACUGAUUCAAUAGGAGAGUGUGAAAACCUCACAGAACUCGUCUUGACAGAGAACCUUUUACAGUCACUUCCUCGCUCGCUGGGCAAGCUGAAGAAGCUGACCAACCUGAAUGUAGACCGUAACCGUUUGGGCAGCGUGCCCAAAGAGCUGGGCGGCUGUGCCAGCCUCAACGUUCUCUCACUGAGAGACAAUCGCCUGGGCAAGCUGCCUGCUGAGCUUGCAGAUGCCACUGAGCUGCAUGUGCUGGAUGUGGCUGGAAACAGAUUACAAAACCUGCCUUUUGCCCUAACAAACCUCAACCUGAAGGCCAUGUGGCUUGCAGAGAACCAGUCACAGCCAAUGCUCAAGUUCCAGACAGAGGACGAUGAGCGCACGGGAGAGAAGGUGCUGACCUGCUAUUUACUACCCCAGCAGCCUUCCCCGAGCCUUGAGAACCUGCUGCAAAACAGUGUAGAUGACAGCUGGACGGACAGCAACCUGAAUCGAGUGUCAGUCAUCCAGUUCCAGGAAGAGACCAAGGCUGAGGACGAGGAUGAUGAGGCUGCUGCAGAGCGCAGAGGCCUUCAGCGCAGAGCCACGCCGCACCCUAGUGAGCUGAAGGUGAUGAAGAAGGUGAUCGAGGAGAGGAGGAAUGAAGCUUACACAUCCAGACCUGAUGGAGAAGAAGAGUCCCCUGAUCCACAGGAGAAACGGCUCAGUGACCUCUCCAAUCAGAGUCACGACUCUCAGGUGUCCAAUAGCACACUGUCAGCCACCUCCCAUGAGGACAGACAAAAUGUGACCGUGGCCUCGCAAAGGGAAGACCUUGUAGACGGCCACUCCCCUCAGGAUGAGGAAGAGCUGGAUGAGAUGGAGGUGGAGUACAUUGAGCCCACGGUGCACUUUGCAGAGGAGCCCAUCAUCCGUGGUUUGGAGGAAGACGAAGACGAGGAUGGGGAAGAUGGCGAGAGGAGUGACGAGGAGGAGAGGCCGGCUCUCCCCGCAGAGAAGCAGCGUCUGAUCAGAAAGGACACGCCACACUACAAGAAGCACUUCAAAAUCACCAAGCUGCCCAAGCCCGAGGCGGUGGCUGCGCUGCUGCAGGGCUUCAGUCCUGACGGCCUGAACUCUUCGACACAAGCUGAUGAGGACGAGCAGGACGAAGAGGACGAGCAAAAUAUACACACCCCUCAGCACCAUCACAGAAUGGAGGAGCUUGACGACAGCCGGCUCCAGGUCAACUCCAGUCAAGUAAAGGGGGUGUCAUUUGAUCAAGUCAAUAAUCUGCUGAUUGAACCUGCUCGAAUUGAGGAGGAAGAGCACACGCUGACCAUAAUGCGACAAACAGGCGGACUGGGUAUCAGCAUAGCUGGAGGGAAAGGAUCUACACCUUACAAGGGGGAUGACGAGGGAAUCUUCAUCUCCAGAGUAUCUGAAGAGGGUCCUGCAGCCAGAGCAGGAGUUAAAGUAGGAGACAAACUCCUGGAGGUGAACGGAGUGGACCUCCAUGAAGCAGAACAUCACACAGCAGUUGAAGCUCUGCGUAGCUCCGGUGCUACGGUUUCCAUGUCGGUGCUACGAGAGCGUAUGGUGGAGCCAGAGAACGCCAUCACUACCACGCCGCUGAGGCCAGAGGACGACUACUUCCCACGGGAGAGACGGAGCAGUGGCAUCGCCUUCAACUCAGAGUCGACUCCCAGCGGACCUCGACAGCGGCUAUCCACCUGCCUGAUCCGAAACGACAAGGGGCUGGGAUUCAGCAUCGCAGGGGGCAAAGGCUCAACGCCCUACCGCACAGCAGACACGGGAAUCUACAUCUCUCGCAUCGCAGAAGGGGGAGCGGCACACAGAGACAACAUACUGCAUGUAGGCGACAGGGUGAUCUCUAUCAAUGGUGUAGACAUGACAGAGGCCAGGCAUGACCAGGCAGUAGCGCUCCUUACCGGCACCUCCCCCACCAUCGCCCUCCUAGUGGAGCGAGACCUGAGUGCACCAGGGGGCUCUCCAGGUCAAUCCCGGGCGCGAGCCCACUCCCCUCCACCCCCAGAGCCCUCAGAUUCACCAGACCAGGAGGAGGACAGCCUCACCCUUCAUGGGAACAACCUAAGCCGCAUGGAGGACGAGUAUCCAAUCGAGGAAGUGACCCUGGUGAAGUCAGGUGGCCCUCUAGGCCUGAGCAUCGUGGGCGGCAGCGAUCAUGCCAGCCAUCCGUUCGGCAUCAAUGAACCUGGAGUGUUCAUCUCAAAGGUGAUCCCUCAUGGUCUAGCAUGUCAAAGUGGACUGCGUGUCGGCGACCGAAUAUUAGAAGUGAACGCCAUCGACCUGCGUCAUGCCACACACCAGGAGGCUGUGCGAGCCCUGCUAGCCAACAAGCAGGAGAUCCGUAUGUUAGUGCGGAGGGACCCUUCACCGCCUGGGAUGCAGGAAAUUAUGAUCCAGAAGCAGCCAGGGGAGAAGCUUGGCAUCAGUAUUCGUGGAGGGGCCAAGGGUCAUGCAGGAAACCCCUUCGACCCCACAGAUGAAGGCAUCUUCAUCUCUAAGGUGAGUUCGACUGGUGCCGCAGCAAGAGACAGCCGGCUGAAGGUUGGCAUGCGUAUCCUGGAGGUGAACAACCACAGCCUGCUGGGGAUGACGCAUACAGAGGCUGUGCGAGUGCUCCGAGCUGUGGGAGACUCUCUGGUCCUGCUGAUGUGUGAUGGCUUCGACCCACAAAACGUGGCUGCAGUGGAGGCGUCUCCUGGCAUCAUUGCCAACCCAUUUGCAACUGGCAUCGUCCGUAAGAACAGUAUGGAGAGCAUCUCUUCUAUAGACCGAGACCUGAGCCCAGAGGAGAUUGACAUCAUGCAGAAGGAGUCUGAGAUGGUGAGAGAGACAUCACAGUGGGAGCGAGAAGAGAUGGAGAAAGUGGAGCGUAUGCGCUUGGAGCGUGAGGAGGCAACUCGCCUGCUAGAAGAGGAGACUGAGAACAUUGGCACUGGACCUCUAAAACUUGACUACAAAACCCUGGCGGCUCUGCCCACCACCAGUCUGCAGAAGCUCAACAGGGCGCCUCCUUCUGAUUUCACCAGGACAGAGAGUCCAAUCAGGGAAGCACCCUACUCUCCCACAAUCCAACCGGCAAACAUUCAUUUCUCCUCCACUCCUACUGCCAUCGACAACACUUCAUCAUCAACACGACCGGGUGCCAUCCAGCCAGUCGGGCGCAUGCGGCAGAGUCCUUCCCCCGCCACUCCGGAUGGCCACAGUCCUAACCCCUUCCAGCAUGGCCCCUCCCCCUUCAACUCCCAGACCUCUCCUCGCGCCCCCUCCCCUACCUCGCCCGAUGAGUUCCCCAUGAAUGUCAAGCAGGCAUACAAGGCAUUUGCCGCCGUGCCUCGCUCACUGGCAGUGCUGGAGCCGCCGCAGGACCUGUAUGGUGUGAGGAACAAUUUCCACCCAAAGCAACCUUCACCAGAGCCUGAGUUGAACAACGAGGUGUUUGAAGAUGACACAGACGGUCAGGAGGGAGCAGGUAGGGGUCUGAGUGGCAACGUCUCCCCCCGGCCCUCCCUCACAUCUGACCGUCGGGAGUAUAUGAACCUGGCAGCAGUGCCUCGCUACUCCAGGCCUUCCUGGGAACUGCAGAGUCCCUCCCCUGGUGGUAAGGACAGCCCAGAGCAGCGCUCUUUCAGGGACAGACAGAAGUAUUUUGAGAUUGACGUGAAGCAGCAGACACCAGAGAAACCCAAACCUCGAGUGUCUCUUGUUGGAGAAGAUGACCUCAAGAAAAUGAGGGAGGAGGAAGAGAGGAAGUUUGAGCAGCGAGCACGGGAGUACCUACUGGAUGAAGACGAUGAAGAUGAGGAGGAGGACCUGGCUAAGCAGGUGGCACAGAUGAAGGCCACUGGCAAAGUGUUGCUGGAUGGAGUGGAGUACAACGUGGAGCCAGCAUCAGCCCCAUCCAGGCACUGCGCCACACCACCAAACUACAACGUCACACCACCCAGCUACUGUGGCAGCUCAGGGCCUUCAUCUGUUGAUGGUAAGGGAGAGUCUCAGAGGAACUCACUGGAGGACAGCUUCAGGCUCGAGCAGAGGCCCAACUCCAUGACUGGUCUGAUUCCAGCUUACUCCGGCGAUUCGGCGGCUCCCAUCCGCACAGCCAAAGCAGAGCGCCGACAUCAAGAGAGGCUCCGAAUGCAGAGCCCUGAGCUGGCUGUGGCCCCCGACAAGGACCUGUCCCCUGCUGAGAAACGAGCUCUGGAGGCUGAGAAGAGAGCCAUGUGGAGGGCAGCACGGCCCUGUGGCCUAGAGGAGGAUGUUAGGCAGUAUGAGCAGGACCUGGCUAAGAGGCUCUACCAGGCCAGAGUGAGGGCAUCUCAGGGCACGGCCGAGGCCCCCCAGCCCCCCACCUCUUCCUCUGCCUCCUCCGCAGCCUCCCAGCUCAGAAUGAAGUCUCUGGAGCAGGACGCACUGAAAGCACAGAUGGUCAUCGCCAAGUCUCGGGACGGGAAGAAGCGUGGCACGCUAGAUCAGCUGACGGAGUCGCCCUCCCCCGCCCCUACACCAUCUCCCACACCUAUGGAAGAACUCAGUCCUCGAGGAGUAACCUCUCCGGGCCGGCUGUCCCUGUCGUCAAAGAAGUUUGACUACCGACAGUUUGCUGCCAUUCCUUCUUCCAAACCCGUAUACGACAUCCAGUCCCCCGACACAGCCGAUGACCUGCAGUUCAUCGACGACGGCUCCAGCAACCCAGUGCUCACUGCAAGCCCUGAGGCCGAGGUACCCAACCCGCUGCCUGCCACCUCAGCCCUGGAGGAGAUGGCCCUGUACAGCAACAAACGCAAACUGAGGCAGGGCCGCCGCAGCCUGGAAACCGCUGUGCCCACGUAACACCUUGCAGUGAGAGAAGAAAGCCGAAGACAUCAUGCAAACACUCAUACAUUUACAUAGACUGUGGAACACUGGUAACACACAAGUGCAUCCGCAGGACGUGCAAAGUCACUAAACACUACACAGUGUCAGUAGAGCAGGAUUUACUCUCCCAUAUAUAACCACUGCAGAGACUACGGCGCUGAUAGUCACCACACGUACACACUCACUUAUAUCCUGCGUGCCAGUCUUGCCUAUACAGUCUGUGGAUGAGUUGGCAAGUUGCUCAACAGUCCCUCAGCGGCAAGAAAGAGCUAGUGUGGUUAGCUAGGAUUGCUACUUACAAACCAUUCUUUGUUUUGUUAUUGUUCGCUCGGUUUACCAAGUAGAAGCUGAUCUAUUUUAAAAAGCAGGUGACCGAAGCUUUUAGUUUUUUUAUUUUUCGCACCUCCAAUGAUUUUGCUGUUUUAAAAAAAACAUACUGGAAGAGAAAAGAAAUGGGUCAUAGCUAUACUAACUUCUUGAAUGAUAUUUUUAGGCUUUCAGUGAAUAGAUUGUAAAAUGUCAGGGGUUUCUUGAGACUUGGGCAGACAGGAGUGUACAUAUUAAAUGAGGAGGGAACAUCCUGCUACCUUCACAGUCACUACUUGUUGAGAGCUUUUAAAAACAUUAGUACAUAUCUUUUUUUGCACUGCCAUUGAUCAGCUUUUUAAGAACAUAUAUCUUAAGUAAUUUAUUGUUUUUAUCUUUUACUCAAAUUGAAGGCCUUCUAUAUUUUACACUGUUUUAACUCCUCUGGUCCUUUUGGGCACAAAAAGCAUGACCGAUGCUUGUCAUAAUUUAUCUUUAGUAAAUCUAAAAUAUAUUGUGGGUCACGAAGUCAAAGCUUUCAAUUAUUGAAUUUCAUAUCAUUUAACCUACUUUAUAUAAACAUGAAUUCUCCAGGCGUUUGCAGAGAGACGCAUAUCUACAACAUUAGAUUGCUUGGACAAAGUAUAGCUGUUGCAUAUCCAUGUGUCACCACCUGUGAGUGAUGUGUUACAUUCCCCUUGUAGAGAAUAUGACUACACUGGAGGCAGCAGCAUUGAGUAGGCAUUUUUACAAAUAGAUCACAUCAUCAAAUUUAUGGAGACAUGCAUUCUUAGCGUCAUUUAUUAAUUAACGGUACUCAUCUUGCCCGGUUUAGGGUUUUUUAUUUUUUACUUUUAUCAAUGUGAAUCAUUCAUUCUAUCCUUGAACUAUCUGGAGGUAUUCCAGAGUGACGUGAAGGUAGCAGGUGUUUUAUUUUUCUGUCUAUGGUUAAUUUAAAUCUGACGCCACUGAAAAAUCGUUAAUUAUUGUGUGAAUAAUGUACAAAUACUGAAAGGAAAGCAAACUUUGGGUCUGAAACUGAGCCAGUCUUGACCUAGACCAAGCGAGAGUCUGGACUGCUGAUGCAUCUGGGUUUGGACGGGCUUGGUAUCGGGAUGCUCUCUGCAUGUAUAUUGGUUUGUUAAUGGGAGAGCCGCGAGAGGCAGAACCGAUUUAGAAAUCCCUCUCAAGACAUUGUUCUCUUUCAGUUCAAUGCUCGACAUACUGUCAGUUUAUGUAUCUGAUGGGUAUUUUUGCAGAAUCACAGCAUAGUAGCAUUUGUGUUAAUUUAAUGUAGGGUCUUCUAAUGAUAGCUUUCCAUGUUGCUCUCACUGACUGAAAUUCAGUUUGUUUGAUAACAUUUGCAAUGGCUGAUAUCUCCUUUUUUAAACUUAAAGUAGAUCUUUUUUUUUUUUUUCCAGAUGGGUUUCACUACAUUAUUAAUGCAGUGUUUCAAGUUUUUGUUUAUUCUUUUGUCUUGAGUUCUCUUUGGGGGCUUUUACUUGCAAAUAGGUCGGAGGGAAAGGGUCAGAAGUCCUAGGGUCAAGGGUUAGAGCUCAUACAAGACUGUAACUAGUGAAUUUGUACAACCAAAGAAGUCUAUUUUGUGGUUCAGGAAUAAUAAAUUUUACUUUUCAUUUAAGAAGCUGA